CCCGCUCCCUCCCCUCCCUCCCUCCCUCCCGGAACCCGGGCGAGGGGCCGGCGCCGGCCAGGGAAGCGCGCCUGGCUCUGCCCGCGCUCAUGCCGCGGCUCUGGCGCCUGCCGGGGGUGCUGCUGCUGCUGGGGCUGCUGCUGCUGGGGCUGCCGGGCCGGGUGUUGGCGCGGGGACAGCCCCGGAGGGAGCCUGGCGGCCCGGCAGCGCCCCUCGCCCGGCCCCCCAGCGCUCCGCCGCCCGUCGGGCCCCCGCUGAUGACUCAAGGUGAGGUUAGAAUGCAGACAUCACGGAAAUGUUUUGGCCCAGCUGCUGCCCAAAUGCCAGUGGUCAGGAGACAAAGCGAAAGCCGCAAAAUGCCUGUCACCUCCGCAGCCCCAGAUGCUCACCUCAGCCGCUUCUCCUUUGCUUUGGCAUCCUGGACAAAGAAGUUCAAACGACAAGCACCGCCCAUUAGCCACCAAGUGCAUGGAGAUAUGCCAAGAAUUGCCGUGUCUUCUGCCCAUGGAAUCAUUUUUCAGAAAUGUGCAAUGGUUCGUACUGACCAGGAACCUCAAAGUGUUUACGUGAACCUCCUGAUCAACAACACAAAUACCCAACAAGCACUAAAUAUCACAGACCUUGUUUUACUGGAUAACAUCACAGGACUCCGUGUUCAAGGAGCAAAGGGUAAUCAGACAGCGGGUGGGUUCCUAACGUUCAGCAUCCAGUUUUUGCACGUUGGAGAACAUUAUUCAUUUGACUAUUUUGCCACUGUUAAUGCAGAGGAAUCAGGGAAUGCCGGAGUAUUGAUUCUGCCUGCUAAACUGACUUUCCGCUCAUCACUGAACAAUUCUCAGUUUGAUCCAUUGACAACAUCAUUGAGAAUAGUAGGGGAAAUAAAGGUUUUGUUGAGUCAUGGCACCCAUGCUUUGGGAUUCUUUGUUGCUUUUAUCGUUUCUUUUGUGCUGACGAGUGUGAUGUUGUGGACUGCUUACAGAACCUGGCGAGUUUUCAGGGAGUGCCAGGAGACAGAACAAGACCUUAAUCCAGAGUACAAGCAGGAACAUUCCUGCUUCAAUUCAGGUGGCACCAACCACGAGGACAUCUUGUUGAAUGAUCACAUUAUUGACAUCUUGUAUUUUGAAGAAUCGGAGAAGAUGCUUCAGUCUUUAGAAGACUUUGAAAUAGCAAACUUGACCCAGGCAGACAGAGAUUUGGAAGACUGUCGCGUGCAAAUUUCCCAAGAAGUGAUCAUCCUGUUAAUGAGAAACGUUCUUGCAACUUGCGGGCUCUCUGCUCACGUGGAGAAACGGAUGAGUUUGGCCCUCCGGAAGCAGUUUCACGCCAUGGAGAUGGAGAUUCAAGAAGAAUACAACAGGAAGAUGGUGGCCUUGACAGCCGAGUGUCGCCUGGAGAACAGGAAGGCAGAGGAGGCUCAGCACUGCAGAGAGAGAGCCAGGAGCAGAGAGGCUGAGGAGUUACUGAAGAAGGCCAGUGGAAAGUCAGCUGCAGAAUGCCGAGCCCUCCUGGAAGAACUAGACCAACUGGAGCAGCUUCAUGGCAAGAGGUUUCUUCUGGUGAAGCAAGAAGAAUACUUUGCUGUGGCUUACAGAGAAUUGGCUUGUUCUGAAAGAAAGGAGAUCCAUAACAUCUUUUUUACUCUGAUCAGAAGUAUGCUUCAUAAAGGGGAACUGAAAUUAGAAGCCGUCAGAUUGCUUGUCGAGAAUUACUCUCAAGUACAGGAAGACCUUGAAGAGCGGAUGGAUUUUUUGCAAGCUCUUAAGAAGUAUUAUCUGAGUAAAAGAUUUGCUCAUGGAGAACAUCUCAUUCGGGUGAUGCAGUUGCUGGAUUCCUGGAUGACAUCGCUGUGGGAACUUGCCGCAAACCAGAUAGCCGUGUUCAUUAAUCAAGUGGAAAGAGAUUGUUGCUUGCCUGAAAAUCAUUUGGGGGGAGUCCUAAACAAAGCUGAAGCUGAGCUGUGCUCUGCUCAACAGACGUUUGCUCAUAUUGUAAAGGAAGAAAAGCAAAAACUUCACCAAGAACUUAUUGCCAAGAGACAACGAGAAAUUCUGCAGAAGAAGGAAGAACAACGAGCACAGACAGGCCCUGAGGAAGCUUUCAGGAGUCCCGGAGACAUCUGCCGUUACGUGGCUCAGUGGCAGAGGCUGCUGGCAGAUCGCUUCGCUGGGUUGGAGGAGCUUGCUGAAAAACUGGAUAAUGAGGCCCAAGAAGAACUUGUCUUGCUCAGGCUUCGUUUGACUGAGAGAGCUAGUGAGGAAAUCAGACAGAUUCACAAUGGGUCUGUUGUUCAAGAACUGUUAAAACUCAGUGUGCCAAAACUGUAUUUGCACCGAUCGAUGGAGGAGCAGCAAAGCGAGCUGGCUGAGUCUGUACGAAGGCUGGAAAAAGAAGAUCAGGGCAAAAUAGCAGCUGCUGAAGUAUUACUUCAGAGUAAGAGAGACAAACUGAGUAAAGAGCACCUGGACCAAAUUAGAGAACAGAGGAAAUUGAGGGACUGGGAACAGUUAGUGCUUUUGAAACUCUUAGGCUCCGCUCUCUCUUUAUCUGAAGAAGAAUUACUGAAGCUGAAGCAAGAGGUCCACGGCUGCUUCUCGCAGGUGGACGGCGGUUUGGCUUUGCCAAAGAUCCGAGCAAGGAGGCUGCUUCAGAUGUGCACUUCUGAGUGGAGGGAAGCAGCUUUGCAGAAGGUGUCUCAGAGGAGGGAAGCGCUGAGCAAACAGCAAGAGCCUGAAGUCGGAAGAAAAACAAGGAACAAAAAUAAGAUAGAUAUUCUAAAGAAAUCUUUAGAGAAAAAGAUUCACAUCUACAAGGAAUCUAUUACAAACCAAUAUGAGAACAAGAUUCUCAGUGAACUUCAGCUGACAAGAUCCCAUCAGCUUCAGGCUCUGGAGAAUAAAAUUGGGGAGUGCAUCGCUUCUCUGCAGUUCCAAAAGACUGCAAAAAUACCAGAUACGUUGGAGUCCUAUACGGCUGUCGUACGAUUGUGCACUUUGCUGCUGGAGGAGCUGAGCGCAUCAAAGAUCCUGACCGACUCUGACUGGGCUGAGAUCAUAGAACAAAGUGACCGUGAAAUUGAGGAGGUGGAAAAAAAGAUGGAGGAUGAGCUGUUGCAUCAAGAGUUGGCUCAACCACAGCCUAACCUGAUGAACAGGAAGAGGCGGAGUCCGGACCAAGCGGGCAAGGCAAGCAGCGCUGAGGAAUGGUAUUCAGGUGGACCAUCGUCUGCACAUCUACACCAAGCACUGACUCAGCGCAAGCAGUUGGUGAACCUGCACAGACAAAGUUUAAGAGAAGUUCAGAAUACUCUAGUGGUUCUGGAACAUUUUCUGGAGAACAUAGAAAUGGAUACUCUUUUGGCACUUUAUGUCAAGGAGCUCAGAUUAGCGUCUUAUUUAGCAAAACUCAUUCUCGUGCCCGUGGGGACCUUACAGAGACUCCUGCACUUGCUUCUCCCAACCCGCUCGCCAAGUGAGCUCCUUUCUCUUCUGGGCUCGAUUGCCAAUAAACACUCUGAAGUCCUCCUCAAAAGAGACGGCGGCGGAGAGGAAGCCAGCAGCUGUCUGAAGAGGAGGCACCAGCAGUCAUGGAAAACCUUAGAACUCAAACUGAGACAAGAGAUGAUGAAUGCAAACUUGGGGAAAAUGAAUUCUGUUGACAGCAAUAAAAGUCUGCUGAAGCAAAAAGAACCGCCCCUGCUGGGAAAAUCCAUGUUCUUCCAUCCGGAAUGUUUGCCUGAACAACUUCAGCUGGCUGCUGCCAGCACCACCGAAGUGAUCCAGCAUUCGGACACAAAAGAGAAGAUCUUUGUUUUCCGGGAUUCUGCAUUGUCCAUGGAUACUUCAUCAAAGAAAAAGAAGACCAGCUUUCUAAAUUCAAAGAAGCUAGGCCUUCAAAAGAGGGAUAAGUGAAAUGUGGCAGGAUUAAAGCCUGCUAGAGCACACUCCCCAUUUGUUGGUAAUUAGCUGAGAAUGCAAGAGAAUUUCUACAUGUAAAGCUCUCUGUUUUUGGACCUCCUUAAAAUUACCUGUAGCUCAAAAAUUAUAUUGGUUUUCUUAUGAUAUGGAAACAGCUUAUUCCUUGACACAGAGCCCUUUAAGAUGUUGGUACCUGCUCCCUCCCCCAGGAGAAACGUCCCCUUCCUUUGGCUUGGUCGCUACCACCAAGAAAGGUGAAAGGGUGAUUAUGUAGUGUAGCGUAACUGUCCCCUGCAAAUGGUUCAGCACAUUCAGAAAUGAAGAUCAGUGUUCCUUCUGCCAGAGUACAAAACGUUGUUCAGUUCUGGAACACAACAGUAUCUCAGCUGAAGGAGAUUGUAGCAUGAAAGGUGUUAAGUCACUGGAUGCAUCGAAAGGUGCAUAUUCUGUUCCUGCAGACAGCUCAUAAUCCAAAAGAUUUGAGAAAUUAAAAGGAAUGUUAGUCCAGAAAACCACGUCACCACUGUGGGCUCGCUUCAAAGGCCAGGGAAAUAUGCCAGCUUCUUGCCAAUGCACAAAAAGAUGUGCUGGUUUUUCUGUUCAGCUCUUAUGUUCUGGUUAGAAGUGAAAUUUCUGAUGUCUUUCCUAGGUUACUCUGCACAUGUACAUUUGAUGUAAAAUAUCCUGAGUAUUUCUAAUAAAAUAAUGAAGAUUGCUGCUGUAA